AUGCUGUCUAUUCGUUUCUAUCUCCGUCUAUCUGUUUGUCUGUCUGUCUCUUUCUAUCUAUCUAUCUAUCUAUCUAUCUAUCUAUCUAUCUAUCUAUCUAUCUCAUCUAUCCAUAUCUAUCUAUCUAUCUAUCUAUCUAUCUAUCUAUCUCAUCUUCUAUCCCAUCUAUCUAUCUAUCUAUCUAUCUAUCUAUCUAUCUAUCUAUCUAUCUAUCUAUCUAUCUCAGUCUGUCCAUAUCUAUCUAUCUAUCUAUCUAUCUAUCUAUCUAUCUAUCUAUCUCAGUCUAUCCAUAUAUCAAUCUAUCCAUAUCUAUCUAUAUAUUCACAAAAUUAUCAAUCUGUUCAUAUUUCUCAGUCAGCACUUACUCUCUACCUCCCAUUUAAUUUUCCAACUCUUUAUUUCCGCACUCUCUCUCUCUCUCUCUCUCUCUCCCACACACACUCUCUUUCUCUCUGUAUUAUUUUUAUUCUUUCUUCUCGCUUCCCAGUUUUUCGAUAUAGCAUCUCUUACUCAUUCUCGCUUUCUCUUCCUAUUUAUGUAACCUCUUUCGAACGCAUCUCAGAGUCAACCAACCGGACUACCUUACUUGAUUUUCAAUCACGCAAUCAGUCGAUAUCAUGUCUCCUCUUCGUACAGUUUCUUCAUAUAUACAUAUCGUUCGCUUUCCGCCUAGUCCAUUGA